ACCAAACUAAUGUUACAAGUGGCAGAUUUAAAGAGUGGCGCCAAGCGUGUGUUCAAGAAGUGGACCACCAAAGAAGGUUUCUUUGGUGAUUACGAUUAUGGGUACUUGUUUAUGCCCGACCUUCCUUUCACCAAAAAGGAACCCAAGACUCAACCAUUUUUUGGGUUAAACAGUGAAAUGCCCUUAUUUUUAGGAGCACUUUUGGGAUUCCAGCAUGCCUUGGCCAUGUUGGCUGGGGUGGUUAGUCCUCCCAUUUUGAUUUCGGUUUCCGCCAACUUACCGGCCGAAACCCAGCAAUAUUUGGUUUCUUCGUGUUUGAUUGUGACGGGUAUCUUAUCGUCCAUUCAAAUUACUCGGUUUCACAUCUGGGGAACUCCUUACUACAUCGGAACCGGAUUGUUGUCUGUGGUGGGAACUUCAUUUGCCACCAUUUCCAUUGUCAGUAAGGCUUUACCAGUGAUGUACCUGUCAGGAGUUUGUGAAGUUAUUGAUGGAGUCAAUCAACCAUGUCCUGAAGGUUACGGAAGACUUUUGGCUACCGGUACCGUGUGUGCGUUGCUUGAAAUCUUGUUGAGUUUCCUGCCCCCUAAGAUCUUGCAAAAGAUUUUCCCUCCAAUUGUCACGGGACCAGUGGUGUUGUUGAUCGGUACCAGUUUGGUGCAAUCUGGAUUUGAGGACUGGAUGGGUGGUUCUGGAUGUACCGAUGGUACUUGUUCGUCGGCCAAUGGUACUACUGCUCCUUGGGGUUCGGGCCAGUUUUUUGGUCUUGGUUUCCUUGUGUACUUUACCAUUAUUCUUGCUGAGAGAUUUGGUUCUCCCAUCAUGAAGUCUUGUGCUGUGAUUGUGGGAUUGUUGGUGGGAUGCAUUGUUGGUGCUGCUUGUGGAUACUUCUCCAGUGACACCAUUUCCUCUGCCAGAACCUUCACGUUUAUGUGGGUGGAGACUUUCCCAUUGAAGGUGUACGGACCAGUGGUAUUACCAUUUUUGGCCAUGUUCGUGGUGUUGAUGAUGGAAGCCAUUGGAGAUAUCACUGCCACUUCCGAUGUGUCGAGAUUGGAAGUGGAAGGUGAAGUCUAUGAAUCUCGUAUCCAGGGAGGUGUUUUGGCUGAUGGUAUCAACGGGCUUUUGGCAGGUUUGAUGACCAUUACCCCUGUGUCGACGUUUGCUCAAAACAAUGGUGUUAUUUCCGUCACCAAGUGUGCCAACAGAAGAGCCGGAUACUGGUGUGCGUUUUUCUUGAUUGUUAUGGGGAUUUUCUCCAAGUUUGCAGCUGCCAUCAUCUCGAUUCCAAAAUGCAUUUUGGGAGGUAUGACCUCCUUCUUGUUCUGUGCGGUGGCAGUGUCAGGAUUAAAGAUUAUCUCCACCACCGAGUUCACCAGAAGAGACAGAUUUGUGUUGACUGCCUCGUUAUUACCAGGUCUUGGUUCUCUUUUGGUUCCUGACUACUUUGAUUAUAUUUUCACUUACACAGGAGGAAACACCGGUAAGCAAGGAUUCUUCAACGCCAUUGUGUUGGUGAUGGAAACCUCGUUUGCAGUUACGGGAUUUGUGGGUGUUUUCCUCAACUUGUUUAUUCCCCAAGUCCAUGACGACGUUGAAGAAAUCAACGAGGUUGUAUUAGAGGCUGUGGGAUCUGCCGAUCAAGCAGCCAUGGACUCCUACGCUAGAAAGGAAGAGAUGAACUUGGAAACCUUUAGAUCCAAUAACCAGACGUCUUCUUCCCAGGAUAAGUGAUAUUUAGCAUGUAAUUUAAUGGAUAUAAUAUUGAGUGUGUACUA